AUGUUUUAUGCCUUGACUAAAUUUUUUUUUUAUAGACAAUAUGUUCAAGAUGUAUUCUCCAAUUGUCUACCUAAUAAGAGAGACCAAGCUGAAUUGCAAUUACGUAAUUUGAUCAUGGAAAGUCAUCGUGCAGGUACACUCAUGACGACAGACUGGAGUGAAAUGGAUUUACCCAGUGCGUGUAAACCUCAGAAAAAGAAAAAGAAAGGUAAAAAGAAUGUUUUGCUUGCUAAAAAUAAUCAAUUACAGCAAGGUCAUCAACCGUCUGCGGAAGAGGAAGCAAAAAGGUUAAGACGUCUGAGGCGAUUUGAGGAAGAUGCUGCCCAAUUUAAAGCUGAUAAUGUGUCUACACCAAUGCAACUCAUGAGCUUGGACGGUAAUGACUUUAAUUAUACUGUUGUAGGUACUUCCAAGAAGCUUGAAAAGCAAUACCUUAGAUUGACAUCCGCUCCUGAUCCUGCAACGGUUAGACCAUUACCUGUAUUAAAACAGACCUUGAAUUUAUUAAAGGAAAAGUGGAGCGCAGAACAAAACUAUACUUACAUUUGCGAUCAGUUUAAAUCAUUGCGUCAAGAUCUAACAAUCCAAAGAAUUAAAAACGAUUUUACGGUUCAAGUAUAUGAGAUUCAUGCACGUAUAGCUUUAGAAAAGGGCGAUUUGGGAGAGUAUAACCAGUGCCAAACUCAGUUAAAGGGACUGUAUAAUAGUGGCAUUCCUGGUAACGUGAUGGAAUUUACAGCUUAUCGUAUUCUAUACUUUCUGCACACUCAGAAUUGGGCAGAUGUAAAUUCAACCAUGGCCGAGUUAACAGCGGAACAAAAAGCGGAUCCAUCUGUUCAACACGCUUUAAAUGUACGUUCUUCCCUCGCCACUGGUAAUUUCCAUCGAUUCUUUAUUCUUUAUAAAUCAGCACCCAACAUGGGGGGAUAUCUGAUCGAUCAAUUCUGCGAAAGAGUGCGUGUUCAAUCGCUCAUUAUUCUAUGCAAAGCUUGUCGUCCAGAUCUUGCUUUAGAUUUCAUUCAGAAUGAAUUAGGUUUCGAUUCUGAGGAUGAAUUUUUAAAGUUUCUCACUGAACAAAAAGCAAAGAUUUACAAGGCCGGUAACAGUAAAUUAUUAGAUACUAGAUUGGCACUUGUCGGAUUAACAGAAAGUUUAAAAAAAUAUAAGAAGAUCGAUAUUAAAGGACAGGUUUAGAUAGUCAACACCCCUCUUUGUCUUCUUUUUUUUUUACGUGAUCCAUUUUAAUGUAACAUAUAAGAAAUAAUAAAAAUAUACCUUUAUUUUAUCUGUCACUAUUUUUCUUUCUAUGCAUUGAAAUUACAUACCACGGCAUAUGUCUGAUCAUCAAUAACAGCUUCGACUCGAAGUUCUACUUCACCGAAAUACAU